GGACAUCAUGCAGCUUGAUGUUCCAGCUUGAUAUAAAAUUGUUUCUUAUAACAUCUUCGGCAUGUUUCUCUCUCCGUGUUGAAUUCUGAAUUCCUUUGAGUUUUGUUUUCCAAGGAACUCUUAGCUCCUUCGAGAUCGCUUUUGUUCACGCCCGAAGUAUAUUAUAAAUGGACAUGGAGAAAGUACGCAUCAGACAGAAUGUGCUGUUGAAUCAUCUUACACCUGCUGCCUGUCCAAAGGCUUCCACUAAUCUACUGGCUACAGCGUGUGCUGCCGGAGACAGCACUGCCUAUGAACGAGCUACUAUAUUUAGUGAUGAUGUUGUAAUUGUUGCAGCCUAUCGCACCCCCAUAUGUAAAGCUAAGCGUGGAGGCUUUAAAGAUACUUUUCCUGAAGACCUGCUUGCCCCUGUUUUAAGGGCAGUGAUUGACAAAACUGGAGUUAGUCCAAAUGAAGUUGGUGAUAUUGUUGUGGGAACUGUUCUUGCCCCUGGUUCUCAAAGGGCCAGCGAGUGCAGGAUGGCUGCUUUCUACGCUGGAUUCCCAGAGACUGUACCUGUUAGGACUGUCAACAGACAAUGCUCUUCAGGCCUUCAAGCGGUUGCAGAUGUUGUGGCUGCAAUUAAAUCUGGAUUUUAUGACAUUGGUAUUGGUGCAGGGUUGGAGUCUAUGACUGUCAGUUCUGUGGCUUGGGAAGGUUCUGUUAAUCCACAGGUUAAAACUCAUAGGCAAGCAGAAGAUUGUCUUCUCCCAAUGGGCAUCACCUCAGAAAAUGUGGCCGAACGCUAUGGAGUUUCACGCCAGGAGCAGGACCAGGCAGCUGUUGAAUCUCAUAGAAAGGCAGCAGCAGCAACAGCUGCAGGAAAGUUCAAAGAUGAAAUCAUCCCCAUUGAAACUAAACUUGUUGAUUCUAAAACUGGAGGUGAAAAGCUUGUGACAAUCUCUGUUGAUGAUGGUAUUCGUGCCAAUGCAUCUUUAUCUGAUCUAGCAAAGCUCAGACCUGUAUUCAAGAAGGGUGGUAGCACAACUGCUGGAAAUUCAAGCCAAGUCAGUGAUGGAGCUGGUGCUGUACUGCUCAUGAAGAGGGCAGUGGUCAUGCAGAAGGGUUUGCCUAUUCUAGGUGUUUUCAGGAGUUUUAGCGCUGUUGGAGUAGACCCAGCUGUUAUGGGCGUUGGUCCAGCUUUUGCAAUUCCAGCGGCAGCAAAGGCAGCUGGUUUAGAAGUUGGUGAUAUUGAUCUGUUUGAAAUAAAUGAGGCUUUUGCCUCUCAAUACACAUAUUGUAGUCAGAAAUUGGAACUGGACUCUGAAAAGGUGAAUGUUAAUGGAGGAGCUAUUGCUCUUGGUCAUCCCCUUGGAGCUACAGGGGCUCGUUGUGUAGCAACAUUGUUGCAUGAAAUGAAACGCCGUGGCAAAGACUGCAGGUUCGGAGUUAUCUCAAUGUGUAUAGGAAAUGGAAUGGGGGCCGCAGCAGUAUUUGAACGUGGUGAUUCUGCUGAUCCACUUUGCAAUGCUCGACCAAUCAAAGAUAAUAGCUUGCUUUCAAAGGAUGCAAAAUAGAAAGCAAGUAUCUUAUCAGAUGCUCCGAAGGGCCUGCAGGGGUUUUGUUUAUGGUGGAUAUUCAUUUUGCAGCUCCCAGCUAAAAUUUCCUCCUUCGUUCCAGAAUAUGGUUUUUAACUUUUUUGUCUAGCAUGCAUUAAGGAAAUAUUCAAUAAGCCCCUUGGAUUAUUUAUGUAUGGAUGUAUGCAUGUGAAAAUCAAUAGUCUUUGAAUUUGAAAUUUAUGACUGAUUGUGCUUUAGUAAAAUUGAAGAAAUGAACGAGGGUUUUUCUCUCUGUUCUGACAUUAAUAUGCUGUACACUUAUGUCUUCAUUGUAAACAAGUUGCAUUGA